AAAUCCAAUAUUUGCAUAGGGACUUAUUAUUUCGGUAUUUACGCAACUAACAAAGAGGCCCUGAAUUUUCUUUGUGUGGCAUAAACAUGUAUUCAGUAACCAGAGCAGGCCAUAGACAAUGGCGGACUAUUUGAACAGCUUUUUCUUAUGUUUGUUCGAAUACGCGCUUAUAAGAGAGGGGGGGCUCACAACGGUUAGAGUCGUGUUAGUAUACAUGUAGCCAUAAUGAAGACAAUAGUCGUGUGCGCUAUAUUUGUUUUGGAGCUAGUCUCCUCCUUCCCAUUCCCGGAGUCCGCGUACUAUGAUACGUACGAGCCCCAGGAAAUCCACAUACCAACUCUAGCACACUCUCCCGACCUCUACGACCAACAACAACUUUACAUCAAGCAACAGAAUGAUAACUUCCGCAGGCAGAACUAUGAGAACUUGUUGAGGAAUCAGCUGCCGGUUCAGCGCGCUCAGUAUGAGGCGCCUUUAACGCCGCAAUAUUAUCCUGUACAACGCCAGCAGCCUAUUCGGCAAUACAAACCAGUGCAAAGCCAGGACUUCCAAGUAGCCACAGAGGCCCACGCCGAAGCCGGGAACUCUCAGGGCGCGAGCCAGCAGACACACAACCCGUACCAUUAUGCGCAAUUCAGCGCACAAAAUUUGGCGUCCCAGCCGCGAAUCCAGCAAGCCCUGGCUUCCACACCGCUCAAGAAACGCUAUCUAGUGCUCCACCCCAACGGAACCAUAGAGCAUAUCGACAAGAUCGAACACAUUGUCGAGCAACACCCUAAUUACAUCUUAUUGAACGCUGGAAGCGUUACACCACAGAAGGAGAGUACAAAACCAGGUUCAGCGCAAAAUCCGGUGGCCCCACAGAUCCCAGUAGCACCCGUGGCACCAAACGCCCCAGUGGCACCAAACGCCCCAGUGGCACCAAACGCCCCAGUGGCACCAAAUGCACCAGUGGCAUCAAAUGCCCCAGUAGCACCAAAUGCCCCAGUAGCACCAGUGGCACCAAACGCCCCAGUGGCACCAAAUGCCCCAGUAGCACCAGUGGAACCAAACGCCCCAGUGGCACCAAAUGCCCCAGUAGCACCAGUGGAACCAAACGCCCCAGUGGCACCAAAUACACCAGUGACACCAAAUGCCCCAGUAGCGCUAGCGGUAUCAAAUGCCCCAGUGGCACCAGCGACACUGAAUGCACCAGUAGCGCCAACGUCACCAGUUUUCCCUGCAGCCCCAUCGCCACCAACGGCCCCUGUAUCUUCAGCUGCAACAAAUGCCCCAGUCGCCCCAGCUACGCAAACAAACACUGUCCCUACGCCACCAUUAGCCCCAGCACUAUUUAACCCAGCCCCGGCCCCAGUAAAUCCAGCCCAUGGCCUAGAGCCUGGCCCAAAACCGGCGGUUCAACCACCAACCGGCCCAAUUAAAACCCUUCCACCAGCUCAACCGCCUGCCCUUUUAAAUGGCACUGCAUCACCAACUAGACCAACUUAUCCACCUGUGGUUUUAAACGGUACCAUCCCUGGGUCAAAACCUACAGUCCCACCACCAACCGGCCAAACUACCGAGCUACCACCAGUUCCUGCGCCUACAGCACAACCACCAAUAUGGGUAACGGCUACUGCUACUGCCAUUUACCCUCCACCAACUACUCCUUUACCACCAGUAACUGAGACUCUGCCUCCGGUUACUACAUCACGACCAGUGACAGCAAUCACGCCUGUACCACCAGUAACUGCGACUGCCACAGCCACUGCUACUGCUAUAGAAGUGACAACCCCCGUACCCCUGACUACUGAAGAUCCAAAUCAACCGGACUGCCCGACCACUGAAGAUCCAAAUCAACCGGACUGCCGGACCACAAAAGAUCCAGAUCAACCGGACUGCCGGACCACAGAAGAUCCAAAUCAACCGGACUGCCGGACCACAGAAGAUCCAAAUCAACCGGACUGCCCGACCACAGAGGCUCCAUGUAUCGAGCCAAAUGAUACGAAGAACGAUAUCGACGAACUUCAAGUAAAUGGCGUGAAACCAGUAGUAUGGUUCAGGACGAAGGACCUUGACUUCUGGGAGAAGCUGAUGACCGGAAACGAAACGUUCGAGGUCGUUUACAUCUUCAACGUGCCGCGGGCACCCAGGGUGACGAAGGACACUAAUACCACUAUACAUGCUGACGGUACUGUGGUGGAAGAAGUGACGCAGACCAUUUGUGACGACGAGUGCAUGGACGAGGGCGCUCCUUGUCUCGUCUCGCGCUUCUCCGAUUGGAUCGGAGCGGUGCCGAGCAGGGACCGGAACCGGUUACCAUUAAAAGGGUAUUACCCCGGGUAA